AGGGAGGGAGAGAGAAGGACUGGACCCAAAGAUUUGUACAUCAUGUUUCACAAAGCAACUCAGAAAAUUGUGAAUGAACUUGAUCCUUAUGGUGGCACACUGAUUCCUGCCACAAGUCCCUAUUUUUCUGAUGACUUCAAGCCCCUGCACAUCAUCAAGAAAAGGAAGGGAACUUGGUUUUUCACAAAAGACAAAUACAUCCCAACAUCCAUCACACUGGCUGACAUAUUGAAGGAUGGCAAAGAUUUAGACAUUGGAUUGCAAACCUCAAAUUUUAGUGGCUAUGCUGAGACAUCUAGCUUUUAUAUUUUGGGAGAAGUAGAUGCCAGUGUGUGUACUGUCGAUGCAGGAGUGCAUGCAUCAGGUGGCGUGGCUGACAUCAUAUCUACUGUGGAAAUGAAGAAGCGAGUAAUCUCUGAAAUGAUGCUGCUUGAGGCUACUAAGGACAGGAAGAUUAACAGAAGACACCGUUUUGUGAAACAACUGUGUAACAAUACUUUUCACAUCAUAUUAGAAGUGGUGGAAACAGAUAGACCAUGUGACCUAAAUAGCCUUUUCACGGCACAUGCAGGAGUGGAAGUCCCAACUAAGAUAAUGAAGGCUAAAGGAGGAGUUAAUGUAGCUUUGAAGCAGAACUUAUCGUUCCCUGCUGGAACUACCAUUGCAUUCAAAGUCUUAAAACUGAGGAUAACAGAGGAUGACACCCUGGAUACAGUUUGGCAAGAGUUUCAGACUUACAAUUGUGCAGCCUCGUGUUACCGGAAACCUGAGAUUCCCUUCACAGAACUGACCAAACUGUCGAAGGACGUGAGCCAGCUAUUCCUCAACACAUUCCUUCAGAUUCUUGGCAACAGCGAUAACCUUCCUGUUCUUGACACAAUGCUUGACCAGAUAUGUGAAGGUUUCCAGCCCGACCUCCAAGUCCUGGGUCUGAUGGAAGACGAGGAUAGAGCCUGUGUGGAGAAACUGUUGGAUCUGUUGGGAAUUCGGAAGGUUGAUCCACCAGGACAGCCCCUCACCUUGACACCCCAUCAGAAUGAAGUCAUAAAGACUGUAAACAUUUUCGUCCAGUCACUCAAUGAACUGAAUCCUGACACUUUACCCCUACUGGCUACUAAUGUUGAGAUGAAGAUUAUAUCCAGACAACUAAAGAUGCUGGAAAAGAUGGAAGAAAGAUUUUUCAUUUGUUUUGCACCUGAAAUGCAAAUCGAUCCAGCUGAGGAGACUCUCGAGAGCCUGGCCCUUCAGUUCACAGAGAGCGAGUUUGAAAUAACUCAGGGGAUCCUGGAAGAAUUUGGAUUUCACCUAAAGAGCGAAAACACUUCAAUCUCAUGUGAAAUGCAUCACAGAAAUGAGGAUAUGUUCUGUUCCAUCUUUGUUGUUCUGAGUGUUCUCAAAGCAUUAGAUGACCAAGUAAAGAUGUAAUGAUUUACAUUGGUCAGCUAUAUUCCUUGAAGAUUUACCCCUUCUCCUUCCAAUUAGCUCCCUGCUAACCCAAGGCUGCAUCCUUUUUCUAUCCUUGAAUGAAGGCAAAAUACUGCACAUGCUGAAAUCAAAACCCAACACAUCAUCAGUUGAGAGAGAAACAGUGUUAACGUUUCAAGUCCAGUAUGACUCUUCCCCAGCACAUUCUCUUUUCUGUCUCUUUGAGAACUUGAAACACCGUUAUUGGCUGCAAAAGAAGCUUUCCAUGUAUUGCACUUGCUUAUAUUAGUGAAGAACUGUAAAGUACGUAUUUCAGUCAGCACUCUGCGAGGGAAGUUGGAUAUGUUGCUGCAUCUUGUUGUACCACCUGAAAUCUGUUUUAAUAAAGUCUGGUGGAAAAUAAAUAA